AUGCCAUUUGGGAAUGUGUCAGUGGCGCUGAGGCAAGCUUUGCGGGGGAGAAGGGCAGCAGGUGUAGCUGCCGUUUCCGUUUCCAAGGUUCCGACCAGGUCGCUGAGCACUUCCACAUGGAGGUUGGCACAGGACCAAACUCGAGACACGCAACUCAUAAUGGUUGAUGAAAAACUGGAUAUUACUGCUUUAACUGGUGUUCCAGAAGAGCAUAUCAAAACUAGAAAAGUCAGGAUCUUUGUUCCUGCUCGCAAUAACAUGCAAUCUGGAGUAAACAACACGAAGAAAUGGAAGAUGGAGUUUGAUACCAGAGAGAGAUGGGAAAAUCCUUUGAUGGGUUGGGCAUCAACGGCUGAUCCGUUGUCCAACAUGGUUCUAACUUUCAGUACUACAGACGACGCAAUUGCCUUUGCAGAAAAAAAUGGAUGGAGCUAUGAUGUUGAAGAGGCAAGGGUUCCGAAACCAAAGUCCAAGUCUUACGGGGCAAAUUUCUCUUGGAACAAAAGAACAAGAGUAUCCACAAAAUAGGUUGGCAUGGAUUAUAUCUCUGCUUGACUGUGAAUAAAGUCAGCUGUUCAGCAUUUAUAGUCCGUGUAUAUUACACCUCAAUCUCCUAAUAAAUUUGACCUU